AUGACAUCUACCGAGCCUCCUUCAACGCCUCCCCGGGCAUGGAGGCAGCUCCUCUGCCCCCUGCUCGCAGCCCCGUUUCCUGCCAUCAUUGGGGCUGUGGUCGUGCAGGUGGUCGCGGCCGCCCUGAGCGGUCUGCAGGGCUACGCCGUGGGCACGUCCGUCAACAUCCGGACCAACAUCCGCGUCGCCGCGACCGACUCGGGUGUCUGA